GUAACAAGAUGGCGCAGUGAACGGUACAUUCCUUCUAAGGCACAGCGUCCUAUUCUGGUUGUUGCUUGGAAGCUUAAUUUUGUCUGUAAAAUCGACAAGUAUAGUAAACCAUGUUUGUUAUGAACUUAACAAGGUAAGGGUAUGAAUUAUUGUAACCCAUUUGAUCUAUUGAUCUCGUAAAAUGCUUUCCAAUCGAGAAAUACGAUCUCGAUCUUUGAGGAUGAAAGCGGAUGUAAUUGACCUGAAAUGUUUUACAUGGCUCAGUUUCAGCUACCGUGGAGUGUUGAACAGAUUUUCGUUUUUGCCCCCUUUUUUGUCUGAAAAAGGAAAUUUGUUCCAACUUAUACCAUUUUUAAAGUCAAAAAGGCAUUCCAUCAGCGUUGUUUACAUUGGAUUGCCCUUGAAAGACUUGAUACACAAUACUUGAUAGGAAAUUAACCGUAAUGAUCGUAUUUUCAAAAUGUUUGUUUGCAAGUCUCUCAGAGCUAUUAUGUUUGGAUUGCCUCUUGCAAAUUCAAAGUAUACAGCUUCAUCGAUAUAAUUUAAAUGUAUGCAAUCAGUCAUAAUCAAGUCUAAGGAGAAAAUGAGAGUAGUUUAGCGUCACCAGCGAUAAGAGGAUUUAGUAAAAUCCAGAUAGUGGUCUAUUAUCAAUGCUGCGUUCUGAUUGGUUGAGCUAUUACUAGGCUAUAUGUUAUAGCCCACUAGUAGAGAAAAGCGCCUGCUUUUUGGCGGCAAAAAAAGAUUAAAGUCUAGCUUUAACUAGCUAAAAUUUUUUUUCUCGAUAUUUUUGACCAACUAGUUGGAUUUUACUAAAACAAUAAUUGGCCUCUGAGUCAAUAGCCCAUUCGGCCUUCGGCCUCAUGUGCUAUUGACUCAGGGCCAAUUCAGGCUUGAGGAAUAAUUGUUAAAUAUCCUCGUAAAGGAGGUUCAUAAUAAUGUUAGUGGUCUGAAUUUUGAACCCCCCUGUUUCGUGCAUUUCACACAUUAAGUUGCUCUGUGCCAGGCUUAAAACUAGCUGCUGUUUGGAAACAGGUUGGCAAAGGGGUUUUUUGUGAUGUGUAAUGGGACCCAAAUUAUCAGCAUGAGGUGGAAUUGGGCAUAGCACCGUGAUGCGUGAUUUGCUAUUUUCACAACAUGUGAUGCGUGAUUUUCCUUUGAAAUUUCCGUGAUGGUUAAUAUUAUUUUAAACUAGACACAGAGACAUCAAAAACAGAGAGUUAUUAGACUAACUUCUUGACCUUUUUCCUCGUUCUUCAACCUCUGAUUUCCUCAGAUCAAAUGAUAAUAUGAUACUUGUUAAUGUAGUCAAUAUUUUAUAUUAUUUUUCCGUGAUGCGUGAUAACUUAAAAAAUCGGUGUGAUGCAUGAUAGGUCAUCCCCUCUUUGCCACCCUGUGGAAAAUGAGCCCACACUCAUUUGGCGAGGAUCAAAAACCAGACUCAGGAGUGUGGCAGAAAUCGAACCUAGGUCAGAUCUCACCUACCCAUGUACCCGUCACUACCCUCUGAAAUAAUCAAAGUUGAAAGCAUUUGAACUUAGCCUAUUGGAAAGAAGGCAAGGGCAAGAAAUGCCUCAGAAAAAGUCAUCCUAUGCAGAUGUUGCAGUUCAAAGUCAUAUAUUCAUAAGACGACUGACAAUAUGUUAUUUCUUUCCUUAGGUUACUUCUUCUUCCAAGGAAUUUAAUUUAAAAAGCAGUACACACAAGAUCUUUGAUUGUGCCAGACAGUAUGCAACACUCUGCGGCAUUUGUACUUAUUCUUGGGACUAUUCUAUUAAAUGCAGGUGAGAUGGUAAAUAAUACAUAUUGACCUUCUCUAACAAAAAACAGGAAAGUGUGGAAGUGCCCCUCUUGCCCAGCAUGCAAUAGCCUUCUACAUAGUUAAAUAAAUCUGUUUUGAAACAAAAUGUAAAAACACUCUCCCUUUUCUUGUAAGAAUUUUAUUUAGAAGUGAAUUGUACCGCUGUAAGCCAUACAUAAGAAGACCUACGCUGACUCCGGGCUUAAUACUAGCAAACAUUUUUUUAACGAGAUAAAAUUAAUAACCCACCACAGGUCUCAUUCUUACAAUAAUAUGUACUUGUUAGUAAAAGUUAAUCAGAAUUAAUCAUUAUUUCUAAAUGAGACUUCUUGCUAUCUUUUAGCUGCUGCACCAAAUUUCUUAAAGGAACCAGCUGUUUCUCAGACCGCUCUCAAGGACGGACAAGUCAUCUUUGAAUGUCAAAUAGGUGCUUCACAACCCAGCUAUCACUGGCUUAAAGAUGGAAGAAACAUCAGCAAAGGAAGCAUCUCACUCGUGGGAUCUUUGUCAACAUUGUCGGUUGGUAAUCUGGAGUUUUCUGGUUCUGGGAACUACUCGUGUAUUGCUACUGACAGGCAGUCUGGACAGAGUGGGGAAAAAACUGGAAUACUAACUGUCAAAGGUACAUUUUCAUUUCUUAGGGGAACUAUUUAUUUAGUAUGUGGAACACUGCUGGGCGAUAAAAUUGCUAGACUUUCAUUUUGGGCCAGAUGAAAGAGGUCAUGUAGCUGUUUUAGCAAGUUUUAUUAUAUGGCUGGUUCUUCACUGCUGGAAAGUUGAGUUCUUUCUUUCUUUGGCUCUUUUAGCAGUACAUAUCCAUUCAUAACUCUUUGAGGUACCAGUGUUUUGUUUUCUUUAACUCCCAAGAGUUGGAACACAGGAUUUUCCUGGUACACUAAUAUAGACGCUGUUUCAUUGUUGUGUAGACAAAGCCAUGACAUCAUGUGAAAACAGACUAUAGGCCCAGGAAAUAUUCAUCCUGUACCAUGGAGAAUUUACUGGUUUGACCCCCCACGUUGAUCCAUCCCUCCAAAAUUUCCAAUUUUCUAUUCAUACUUUACUUUAAAAAUUUUGGCCUGUUUAAGAACUGCCCACCCCACUUGAAAUUUCUAAUAACUUUCCAUUGGGUGGGGUGGUUGUGGAUAUUUUCUUCAACAACACAUUAUUUUUGGCUUCUUAGGCAAGCCUACUAUCAGUCAAGCUCCAUCACUGUUAUCCACCUAUGUUGGCCUGUCUGGAAUAUUUCACUGUGUUGUUGUUGGCAACCCUAAACCUACUGUUCGUUGGAAAAACAGUAGCAAUGCCAUCAUAACCUCAGGAGGAAGGUUUGAAGUGUUCAGCAAUAAAUCUUUGAAGAUCAGUAAUUUGUUAAAGAGUGAUGAUGGUAGUUUCUUCACAUGUGAAGCUGAAAACUCAUAUGGGACCACAACAGCCAGUACAACCCUGCAUGUUACAGGUCAGUUUUAGCUGCUGCAUAUACUCAGUUAUGUAAAGACAUCACCUCUGAAAAGUUAUCAUUCAUGAUGUCUCCGAUCCCUUUUCUUCUCUUCAAGAAACGUAGUGCACUAAUGCUAUUCUUAUUUUCUGUUACAAGAAAUGUACCAUAUUUACUCGAAUAAACACGCCAUUUGAGACCAAAAAAGGUCAAAGGCACCACCCUUAAAAAGUGCUGUGAUCCUGAUGUAAUCAUUAUUAACAGACAAAUGUUUGUCACGUUCAACUUUCAAAUAAAAGCUGCCUUCAAAUUAGCACUGCCCCCAAAUAAGUACCAUAUUUGAGGCAUGGAGCUUAUUCAAUUACCGGUAAAUAUCAUGGUAUUUUAAUAGAGGAGCUCCUUAUGAAAGAGUUUGUAUAGGUAAUAGCAUGAUUUGUAGUGUCAUUUGGCAUAAAUACCACAAGUGAUAUUUCGGAAUUGUUAUGCAUGUACAUGAUUCCACGAGCCAUUAGGUGAGUGAAAUUUGAGACAACUUUGAAAUAUUACAAGGUAUUCAUGGCAAAUAUCACGUACAAAUCAAGCUAUUAUUUGUUUAUACUACUACCCACAAAAGGUUUGUAAUCCUCACGUGUAGGUAUUUCAAAUUAAGCUGAAACACCAAUUCUCUGAGCCAGUCAAAAUUGCAGAAAUUUCUCAUGUAGUAGUAUAAAUUGCAUAAUACAGUAUACCCCCCUUACAAACACUUUAUGCCAGUCCCUCAGAACUUUGAAACCCACUUCCUUCCAAAACCAGUCAUUUAAUAGUUGUUUGUGUUCUUUCAAGAUCCUCCAGCUAUUCCCUCAUUUACAAGGAGACCAAUUAACCAAACUGCUAAUGAAGGAGGACGAGUAACAUUCUACUGUUCAGCAACAGGAAGCCCUUCUCCAACUGUCACAUGGAGCAAGUUAGGAGGGAUAAUCCCAGCUGAUAGACAACAGGAGCCUUCACCAGGAUCACUUAGAAUUAUUAAUCUUCAGCCCAGUGAUGAUGGCACUUAUGUCUGUACAGCACAAAAUUUCCUGGGCAAAAUAACAGCACAUGCAUUUUUGCGCAUUCAAGGUGAUUUUCUAGUUUGGUAUUUUGCCAAUUAAUACGGCUGUACGUUCAACCUUCUCACCAAAAAAAGUUCCAAUUGCAGCCAGCUUAACUGUUGUCUGUCUGUGUCUGAAAGUUUAUCUCCAUCUGUCCUUGAAACAAACUCUUAGCAAUAGAAAAAAUAUCUUUGGAAGAGGUUGAGCAAAAUACCAUGAUUUGUUAAUGGUGACGAGAGAGUUCAAUAAUUGUUUUAUCAUUCGAUUAGUGAGUUUGUUUUUUAAUGAAUAUAUUCUGGAAGCGAAGGUGAUCUGUCCUUUUCACGUAAGAGUGAUUGCAAUUAGGAGAAAAGUGUGGUUUCAUUUAUGCAUGAGCAGAAAAUUUUUUGCAGCCAAACACAGAUGGACCAACAUUGGGCAUGAGCAGACCAUUAUUUGAAGGUAGAUAUUUGCAGGUCAUGUGGUGGGCUUUUGGCGAACGAACAGAAAGAAAAAUUUGCAUUGAAUGAUAAUGUUUGUUAUUUGUUCUUUCUUGAUCUUCUAGGUUAUCCCCGCUUUAUAACAGGACCAUCAAACAAAGUAGUCGCAGAGAACUCAUCUGUUCAGUUCACCUGUAUCAUUGAGGGAGAUCCUACUCCUCACGUGGAAUGGACCACACCCAGUGGGACCAUACUGACUCUGCUGUCUCAGCCCUCUGGUAAUAUAAGGGUCCUAACAAACAACUCCCUUAGCAUCACUAUGGUAACUGGAAUGAAUGCUGGUGCAUACACAUGUACAGCGGUGAACGGUAUUGGUCGGCAAUCCAUUUCAGCUACCCUGACUGUAUUAGGUAGGUACAGUACCUCUCAAAAAUAAGUUAACGUCCUCUCGUCAGGCAAGAGUCUUGCCUUAAGGGAUAAAAUCCUUGUCUUGCAGGUGGAUUAACCCUUUAAGCUCCAGCAUCAACAUGCAUCUUCUCCACACUAUUCUUCAUACAUUCCUUAUGGUACUCGUGGAAAGAAUUUGUUCUAACAUCACAACAUUUCAUCUUUGGUGAUCAUUUCCUUAAUUCUCAUGACCUGUCUAUCUGAUCAGGCAGUGUAUUAUUCGGAGAAAUUGGAUGUCAGUCACUAUUGGGGCUUAAAGGGUUAACAACACUGCAAGUGUCUAGUAUGGCCAGAGAAUACAGAUGACAUUUUGUGACACCACCACUGGUUUCGCUGAGAAACCAUUGGAGGAACGAGCGCCCAGACCUGGUUAGUGAUAGGUCAUCACAGAAUUUUUGCGCUCGUUCCUUAGGUGUCAUUUUGAGGAGGAACCAGUCAGUGGCGGAUCUAGACCUUCAGAUAAGGGGAGGGGCCCCGUCAUCCAGACCCUGAUAUAAGGGGGCCCCGGUCUUAAAAAAAUACUUUUCCGGCCCUUCGGGCCUCAAUUUGGUCUAAAAAUAAGGGGGGCCCUCCUGGAUCCACCACUGCCAGUGGUGGCAUUGCAAAAUGUGAUCUGUUUUCUCAUACAAGUGUUGAAGUGUCAAGGAUUCCCUUUCCUAAAAGCACUUCCAAAAACUCGUACUUUUAAUACUUUGAGUAUAAUAGAGUACUAAAGUGUGAAAAAAAAUUUUUUGGGGUCGACCCAAAAAAAAUUCAAAAGGGUUUGUAUGGAGUUUUGUAAGCUUUGAGAGACAAUUUGUGCUCAUUUUUGGCAUUUGUUCUUUCAUAUCCUGAUCCCAUAAUUUCAGAAAUUUCAUUUUUAUGACGUCACACUUUAGUACUCUAUUUGUAUUAUGUAAGUGUAGUACAGAUUUGUAAGAGAUUGUUAUUAGAGAGAUUAAGAGUCACGUUUACACCAAACGGAAAACGUGAAUUGGUACCACGUGACCAAGUUUCCCCCUUAUUGUUAUUUACUGUUUAUUACUUCUACUCAAAGUUAAGUACUUUCACGCUAGUUUUAUCCAAAAUAAUUGUUCUGGACAGUUUUUAUCUGCUUAUUUUCUAUUCUGAGAAACUCUCAACUUGAAUCUGACAUUUGCCGUUUACCCUAAACGUCACUCUUAAUCUCUUUGGAAAUUUUCAAAAUUAAAGGUAUUUCAGGUAGCUUGAACCAUGGAUAAUAUUAUCCAUUUGCUCAAAUUGAAACGCGAAUUUUUUUACCACGAACCAAGUUUCUUUUAGAGGUCGUUUAUUGUUCAUUAUGUUUGCACAAAAUUAGUAAACUCACAAUUUUUAACCAUAAGAAUUGUUUUGAACUGUUUUUCCAUUUUCUAUUUUCGAAUUUAUCAACUGUUCAACGUUUCUACCAUAUAAAUUAAACUAGUCUCAGGCAGGUUUUCCCCUUUAUAAGGCAAAAUGCGAGAAGUUUCCUUGAGGGUAAAGUGUCUUAACUAAUUUUGUCACCGAUUGGUUCGUUUCAGCUCCUCCAAGAUUCUCAACACGCUUGACAAACAGGACACAAAACAUCAACAGUCAGCUUGUUGUAGGAUGUACAGCUGAUGCAGCUCCUGUCCCAGAUUAUCAGUGGUCAUUUAAUGGGUCCAUUAUUUCAAGACAGCGCAGCCUUAACAUAAGUUCUCUAAGCCGCGAUAAUCAAGGAUUUUACUUGUGCACUGCAAACAACUCACUGGGAUCAGUUCAGGGCGGUUUCUAUUUGAUAGUUCAAGGUAAAGUUGCAGUGUUGUAACAUAUUUCCUUUGUUUAACUAAGUAAUAAAAUAAAGUCAGGAUGCAUAUUCUCAAAACGGUCAGUCUCCAUACUUUUUCUGAAGUACUGGCCAGAAAACUUGAAUGUCAUUUUGGUUUUUUCUUUUUUAAAACCUCGACUUUGUCCUGGUUGGCAUCCAUCCAUUUAGUUCUCACGCUUCACCAAUAAUGCUUUUUUCCCCUCUUUAAAACAUGAAUGUAUGUAUUAUCGUGUCUUGACAUUUUUUUUGACCACUUUUUUUUAGUUCAACCAACGUUAGUUGAAUCUCCGAUGAAUCAAACCAUUCCUAAGGGACAUACAGCCUCUUUUUCCAUGCACUGCAUUAGGAGACCCACGGCCAUCAAUCACGUGGUACAAGUCACAUGACCUCAUCACCAGUAAUGCGCGCUAUCAUAUUUUAGCCAAUCAGACACUAGUAAUAUACAGCGUCACUGCACAGGACAGUGGAUCGUUAACGUGUCGUGCAAUGAACGAAGCGGGGACACGUGAAGCGAAGGCAUAUCUGCUGGUGGCAGGUUUGGCAUUUAUUUUCUUGUACAUUAUCGUUUUCAUUCCCGAUUUCUAAAAAAUUUAAUGCACUGUGGUUUCACUCUUACUGCAACAAUCGUAAGAAAUGGCCUCAUUACAUUAUGUCCGCUGUGCUGCAUCCCCCACCAUUAUCUCAGCGACAAAAAAAAUUACUGAAAUGUCAACCGCUAUUUUCUUACAGAUUUUCCAGUUUUCACAACGUUGCCAAGUAAUGCAUCAGUGGAAGAGGGACACACUGUUACUCUUACGUGCCGUGCUAAAGGACCAGACACCCCUAAAAUCACGUGGUUGAGAGAAGAUGGCAGUGGAAUUCCAAUCAACAUUGUUGCCAGUGUAGACACACAGCUGGACCCUAGCGGCGAUCUGAAAUACACCGAUGCAAAGUCAAAGCACAGAGGAAUGCAUAUAUGCAAAGCUUGCAAUACUGCUGGGUGUAAAAUGGCAAAGGCUUUUUUAGAUAUCUUAUGUAAGUGAAUAAUCUCGCUUUUGUCUUUCUCUGGUUUUGGUAAUGAUGGACGGAGACGAAAGUGUCGCGAAAAAGUAUCGGGCAAGGAAAUUUUUUUUCAGUUUUUUGGGCGCGCUUUUCCCACUCGUCUCGACCAAUUAAGAGCCUGGAGUAGGCUAGCACUUUUUAUACUGGUGUCCUACUGAGUGGUUUGCCCGCUAGCUAAUUCCUUUUCUCUCCCCCAACCCCACUCCCCCCCUUUUACAGCUUAACCCGCAAGUUUGACCGAGUUCGCACACCCAUUUCUAUGUUGAGUUGUUAGUUUGGAUAGUUCAUGCACCCACUUUAAGGUCCAAAGUCAAAACUGCAUAACGAAAUGAAAAGCCAUAGAGAGAUAGCAAAUUCCUGGGGCAAACUGGCACUGGGGGCGAGCUGCCACGGGGCGCCGAGCUGGCUACGGUGCAAAAUCCGCUCGUCUCCAAAACAUUUGAAGAGGCUGAUCUCGAAAGAACACUAUAUAAUAAUACAUGUAUAUAAUAAUAGUGAUGUUUUCUUUCGCUUUCUAGUUGCUCCACGCUUCCCAGUCUCUCCAGCCCCUGUUUUUGUUCUCAAGGGACAUACUGCUUUUCUAGAGUGUAAACCAGAGUCCAAUCCCCCUCCCGUCAUAACAUGGCUGAGAGAUGGACAGAGCCUUGCUGGAUCUGGACACCAGUAUAUUGUCGAUAACGUGCAACCAGCCGAUGAGGGGUCGUAUACUUGCAAUGUUAAGAACAGUAGAGGAUCAACACAAGGAACGGUUCAGCUGUCAAUUGGAAGUAAGUCUUAAGGCUGUUUGUUUCAUAUGCUUGGAGCUAGACUACGAGCAGUCUCUCUUUUUUCUUGGUCCGUCGAGCAAAACGCCCGAGACACGCAAAUGACCAUGCGCGUGACUUAAGGGGCGAGCCCUCGUUUCUCGCGUCUCGCGGCUUCGCCGCUCAACACUCGCGCGCGCGUGCACUCCCCUUACUAAAAGAGAGACUGCUCGCAGAGACUGCUCGCAGUCUAGCUUGGAGCAAACUUCACUAAAUGUUUCGUAGCCUCCAGCUACCUGCAACUUCGACUAUGCCAUCUACACUACCGGUACCGGUAUCCGAUGCAAUAUCAUCAACAACGGCACAGAGCUGGAACAAAUCGCUCGCACAUAUCGAACAGUUGUACCGGAGCGGUUGUCCAGGUCCUUACCUCUGAACAUUUACUGCCGUGUCAGUGACUCAAGAGGCCAUUACCGAGUUCAAAAAGCUCUCACUUUCAAAACGAGACUAAGUUCAAAUUAGUCCUAUUAGAGAGCUUUAGAUUCUGAGACGAGGACGAGAUUUUCCCAGUACUAAGUACUGCUGGCGCGUGAACCAACGUUAUUUUGGUGGGAGAAAAUGAUAGCCGUCGUGAUUCUACCACGAGUUUUGACGAGAAUGUCGUAGUGGCGGAAACAAGUUAUCAAAUUAUAGAAGUUUCUUCAUCAUUUUGCGACCGGGAAAGGGCUAAACCUUCUCCAAUAAAAAUAACCGCACUGAUUUUUCCGGUGAGAAAUAGUAAAAUGAAGCUUUCUAGAUUGAAUAUUUUUCGCGAAUACGCGAAAAAACUUUAGGUUAAAUCUCGUAGUCGUAGUCGUUUCGUCUUCAAAUCUAAGGCUCUCUAAUUUCGUGAAAAUGAAAAUCAUUUUGACGUCAAUGGCUUCGUACUUAGCCUCGCUCUGAAACAGAGGCUUGUGGCAACUCCGAAAUGGCCUAUUAGAAUGAAGAUAGGGUUUGUUACUAAGGAAGCAUGUAAAGCUCUGCACUAAUAAUUCACUCGAACUUGUUUAACAGCGAAGGCGGAAAUAACAGACUUCAAACAGACACCAAGGCCAAACAGUAAAGUUCUGUUGCAAUGCAUUGUGGAUGGAAUACCUUCUCCCGAAGUGACCUGGUACCUACAGAAUUCCAAGCUUCCCGACAAGCAAAACUUGCCUGACUAUGACGUCACAGCAAGCAGAGAACUGCUCUUACCAGCUGCAGCUUGGAGCAGCAAUUCGUUUCUGUGCAAUUGCACCAAUCCACUUAAUUCAGUGGCGAACUUUGCAAGAGGUAAAUUCUUUGAGAUGUUAAGUCCUUAUUCGUACGAUUUUUUUUUAAUGCUGACUUGAAUUGUUCAUGUGGCAUUAUUUUGCAUAAAGUAACUAUGACGACUAAGAGGUGAAGUGAUUUAUGAAUUGAGAGAUCAUAAUAGUAGUGGAGAGGGUUUGAAAGAGUAGGACACAGGCAAUUUUGAAAAUGUGGUGAUUGGUUUGGUUGAAUGUGUAAAACGAAGCUUUGUAACUGGCUGAAAAACAUCGUGCCACCUUAUCAGCCAAUCUGAAGUAGCGACCGCCAAUUGGCGCGAAGCGCGUUUUGCCGCCCGUGGCGCCCGCUACAUGCAGAGCCUCAGGUUCUGAUUGGUUCCUUGGAUUGUCUGUGCAUUUUGUGAUUGGCCAAAGAAAUAACGUUUGUGUCUGAUUCACGUAACUUAACUGAUGUAUCUUGGUUUUAGUUCCCGUGGCACCUUCCGAUGUAACUAUAACAACGAUCAUGGAGACGUCAUUGCACGUGACCUGGAACCAAUCAAGUGCCUUGGACCUUGUUCUGCAAUACAUGGUGGAAAUUAUGUCUGCAACUGGAGACUGGGAACUAGUUAAUCAAACCAUAUUAGGAACGUCAGUACUCGUCAGUGAAUUGAACUCAUUCACUGGCUACUCGUUCAGAGUGAGGGCCAAAAAUGGUCUGGGAACUAGUCCGUACAGCCAACCAUCUCAGAAUGUGACUACAUUGGAGGGAGGUAUGAAAGAUAUCUUUGUACAAGCCAUGUAUGAGACUGCCGCCAAAAUGAAGAUAUGCGAACUUAGUAAAAGUAUGGAGUUGACAAAAUAGGGGAGAAAUUGGAAACAGAAAGCUAAGAACGCUUUCUAGUUACAAGAAAUUGUCCAUCGUGACGAAAAUUUUUUUGUUUGCUCUGAAGUGGAUAACAAACGAGAAGGAAACUGGGGCCGAGUUAACUUUCGAAAAGACGUCUGGGAAUGUCACUGAGGACAGGGAAAAAAUUAACAAUAGCUGACGAGCACGUCCUUAGUAACGAUCCCAAAAGUCUUAGCGAAAGUUAAAUCGGUCCAAGGUUUUUCUCGUUUUGUGGUGAAUUCGUACUCCGUGGAUAUCUUCUGCCGAUGAAAAAAAAAAACAAACAAACAAAGUUAAGAGCAAAGACAAAUAAAAACAGACCUCUUAGGACUCGUGUGUCAGUUUUAUGGGAUUGAGCUUGUAAGUUGAAUUUGCUGUUUUCUCCUAACAGCACCGUCAACCCCGAGGGAGCUAAAAUUAACGGCCAAAAAUGAUAGCGUCAUCGUGAUGUCUUGGAUCAAACCUUCUAUGUUAAAUGGCUACCUCAGCAACAUCCUCUACCGAGUCAAUUAUAUACCACAGGGUGGCAAUGUCUCGGACGAUUUGUUUAUUCGACAUUCUUCAUCUGGAAGCCCGCAAAAUUUCACGUUGGUAGGCCUGUUACCUGACACUGUUUACACUAUUAUGGUGUUUGCUGGAAGAAAAAGGAAUGAUGGGGUAGAAAGAUGGAGUAGAGAUGUUUCAGAAACUGUAAAAACAUGGCAGAUAGGUGAGUGAAACUUGGAACGUUUCAUACAAGUGUUUCUCCACUCUGUGGGAAGAAUGGCCCAUCGAUUUUUCAGAUCAUUUGAAUGGAAAACAAGUAAUUACUGGUUUAUGGUUAGAUACCAUCCGAUCAAGAAAAACUAACUCUUGUCCACGCAUAUGUUCCCAGAAACCUUUGCGGUUAACAGUUGUGCCCAUUCUUCUGUUGUGUGUGGAGUAUCCAAUAGAGCCUUUGCCCGCGACGUCACGUCCGCCAUCUUGGUCUCUCAAACCAGUCCUGUGGGAAUUGAACUCUCUUCUUAUGUAAACUCUUUCUUUUGUUGCAAUAAAUUUGCAUGGCUGCCAGCCACGUGAGUGAAAACGCCCUAUAGCAGACAGGCAGUCAGAAAAAUCAGCAAACGUGAACGCUAAGCAAACUCGUUGCCAGGUUUCUCUCCUACUCGUCCCACGUCCGUUCGUCCCUCUUGCUCCGUAGGGACGAGUAGGAGAGAAACCUGGGAACGAGGUUGUAACGUGAAGCAUUACAAACAUGCAUUUAACCUGUGCUAGGCGAGGAAAGCAAAUUUGUUUUGCAUUAUGUAGCAAUCGAGAAAAAAUCUCUUACUGACACGUUGUUAUUCAUUUUCUAGUUCCCCUGACGCCGCCUGUGGAUUUAACAGUGCUGUCUAAUGGAGCUUAUCAGAUCAUGGUUAAAUGGAAGGUGCAGUAUCAUUCAAAGCAGAGCCUUAAGUCAGCACGCCUUUUUGAUUUGUCUCGUUUGUAUUUAUCUUAAGAGACUUGUCAGAAAUUAGCAGGGGAAGGGGGAUGGAAAUAGAGGGAGAGUCACAACUUUUUGAGACUGAGAAAAGGGAGGGGUCAUGAAAAAUGGGCCGUUAAAAGGGGGAGGGUCAUGCAAACAUAAGCCCAUGAUCAUGUAGAGGUUCACCCACAGAAGAAAAAGAAAGUUCUUUAUUUGAUAAAAAAAAAACUUGGGAGAAAUAGGAGUGUCAAGUGAUCAGCUGUCAGAAUCUGUGUUGGACUCUUAAUGCUGUCAUCUAAAAUGUAUGUAUAUCGCAUUACAAAGAACAGAUUAGAAAUAUAUUUUGAGUGUUCAUAAUACUGACUCACCCUAGUGUAUUGCAAGAACUAGAUUUUAUCAUUUAUACAAGAGGGGGAGGGUCAUGAUAUUUGAGGCCACGCUCAAGGGGAGGGCUAGCAAAUUUCACUCCCAUUGUAGGGAUGGGUCAUCCUCAUUUCCAAACAUAAAUUUCAAAUUCCCAACCCCCCUCCACCCUGCUAAUUUCUCACAAGUCUCCUAUGAGAACCCAAUGAGCAAAAUUUCAUAAAUAUCUUGUAGAUGCUAUCCAGGAAAAGAGAGCGUGGAAGAUAAUAAGCGCGUCUUUCUCUAGACUACGAGCAAUCUUUCUUUUUUUCUCAGUAGUCCGUCUAGCGAUAACCAUGCGCGUGACUUGCACCCUCGUUUCCCGCGUCUUGCGGCGGUGCCGGUGCGCGCGUGCACUUCCCUAAAAAAAUCUGAAGAAAAAAGAAGAGAAACUGCUCACAGUGUAGCCUUUCUUCGGCGCUAUAAUUUUUUUAAAAUUCCUUUUUGUAGAUUCCUCCUUUUUCAAUUGCGGGUUACGAUGUGUGGCACAAAGAAUACCAGAGUGCGGUUGCUUAUAAGCAGGUGCGGUUACCUAGCAUGAUGCACACGGUGCACCUCAUCCUUGAUCUUAAACCCGACACCAAAUACGAAAUAAAAGCCCGGAUGUAUAGCAAUGCAGGGAUUGGUCCUUUCUCAGAACCACAAGUCGUCAAGACCGGUACAGGUAAGUUUUCUUAAUGAAAUUUAGGCGAGCGCCCAAAAGAUAUGAUGUAUGAUUUCAAAGGAAGAAAUGCGGCGCUUUAUCGCUGGGAAACUUUGGCUUAAUCAUAUAUUUUGGUGAGGUAAUUUAAACAAGUAUCAAUUGACUAUAGAGAGUUACUGUUGGACGGCCCAGUUUUAGUGAGACAAGCCAGAAAUGCGUGAGCCUGCAUGAAAUUGACUUUAAAUUCCGGCUUUAAGUUCUUUGGCAUAUCUUUAGCUUUGAAAUGGUAGUCUCUGGUAUUUGAUCUACAAUAACCAAAUAGAAAAAGUGAAAAACCUCACUUUUAAUUAAGACAUAAUCUCAAGAUAUAAGGGGUCAUGUUUGAGUAACUUGGGAAAGUCCCUCUGGCGUGCUGAGUUGCAUUGAUCGCAAGGGCAGUCAAGGGACGAUGGUGAUUAAUGGUGAUAGUUAUGGUAAUGGUGAUGAUAAUUAUGAUUAUCAUGAUUAGUGGUGGUGCUGACGGUGGUGGUAAUGGUGGUGGUGAUGAUGAUGAUGAUGGUGAUGAUAGUGGUGGUGGUGGUGGUGGUGAUGAUGAUGAUGAUGAUGAUGAUAGUGGUGGUGGUGGUGAUGGUGGUGAUGAUGAUGAUGAUGAUGAUGAUAGUGGUGGUGGUGAUGGUGAUGGUGAUGAUGAUGAUGAUGAUGGUGAUGAUAGUGGUGGUGGUGAUGAUGAUGAUGGUGAUGAUGGUUGUGGUGGUGGUGGUGGUGGUGAUAAUAAUGAUGAUGAUGAUGACAACGAUGAUGAUGAUGAUAUGAGCACCUCUCUCUGCUGUUACUUACAACUCUCUAGUUUUCAAAGUACAGCACAUGCCUCUAAAAUACAGCCACCUUCACUAUCUGCCCGUAUUGAAGUACCAGUUUGGUGUGGGAGGGCGGGACGUUCGCCUAAACAUCACCUCGUAGCAAACGUUUUUGACGCCGUUUUUUGUAGAUGCUCUGGUCGUAUCUUCAAAAUCAAGUGGUGAAGAGGAAUCGUCUGGAUUACAAGUGGCAAUCAUUUGUUUCUUAAUUGGUUUUCUUCUCUUACUUAUUAUCAUUGCUUUUGUUUGCUUCAAACGGAGACAGACCAAACGAGCACGUAAGUCAUAAUCUUGUACCCAGAUCUAUCCCUGCUCAGGAUUAACCGCCGCAGGAUUAGCUCAGUCGGAAGAGCGCUUGACUGCAGAGGGGGAGUUCGCAGGUUCUAUUCCCGGGGCCGGACCAACAUUCAGGGUCUUAGAAUGACUGAGAAAUGAAAGGUACCUGCCUUUGCCCUGCAAAUGGCUAGACCUUCGCGUGGCUCGGAUGACCACUUAAAAUGGCGGUCCCGUCUUCAGUGGGAGACGUAAAAAUAAUGUCCCCAAUUAGUACUUUCGUGCUAAAUACGUUGACACUCAAAUAACGUGCAUUGUCUUUUUUGUUUUUCAUAUUUGAAAGCCACGUGCAGAUACCUUUAGAACGUGGUAUAUCGUAAACUUCCGUUUAUAUGCCGCCCCCACCCAGUUAUAGACCCAUCUAUGUGUAAAAAAAUACAUCCCAUUAUAAGUGUAUAAAUGGGUACUCGUAUCAUAAGAUCUGGAUUCGGUGUCAUAAUGGGCAACGGCACCUUGAGAAAAUGAUUCAUUGUAUUUUUUAGGUCAAAGUUUCCGUAUUGAAAACGCGCAGGGAGAUCCAUCUCUAAAGUACACCGUCAGAAACCGAGGUCGACGAGCUGAAAGUAACACCUCGCGCGGUUCUACGAGUAACGAUAGCGAUGGAAGCGUGGAGGGCACAUACAACUUCGCGGUUGAAGAUGAUGAUAUCGACGAGCAAAUGUUCGCAGGCGACAGGAACUCAGCUAGUCUCGCGCGCGCGCAUGAUCCACGACUGCGGUACUUGGAUCCAUCGGCGCUAAGCCACGAGGUCUCUUUAUCCUCGGGGGAUGACGGAAAUUCUAUUCGCCUGCAAAACUACCAACCCACGCGCAGUCCUGUAGCCCCGCGGAGGAACGGGAAUACUGUCUGUGCUAGUGUAGAUGUUAGCCAUAAUGCGCAAAUGGGAACCAACGCAGCGGAACGAGAUAUAGAAAACCUGAAGGGACAAAAUCAAUAUUUAACGAAUGUACCCAAGGAUUCUACCGAGGUAUCUUCCAGUGAUGAAGACGAUAUUCCUCCCAACUGGAUUCCUCCACCCCCUCCGGUAACAAAAUACGAUCCUUUAGAGAAUUUCCAGGAAGAUAAAGACCAUAAAGACCGGAUAGCUGUUCCGGACAGUUUAGUUAAGGGAACUGCCGAUAAAUCCACCAGUGGUAGCGCAGCAAACGGACUUACAACAAAUGAAUCGAGUUCAUCCGACGACGACGACGAUUCCAAAAGUCGUCUAGCGGUACAUGGAAAUGAACGUCCAUUAUACUCGCAAGUUGAUCCAUCGAAGAAGAAGAAGAAGAAGAAGAAAACCAGAGAAGGUGCUAGUGAGUCAUGUGAUAGAACUGAAAAUGGAAUAUCAACCAACGGCUCCAGUUCUGACGCAGAAACAUCAGAAGAUGACAGUGUGAACUGGCCCCCACCACCCCCUCCCCCACAGAGAUUAUCAAACCUACCUGAUGAUUCUGACUGGGAACGACCCCUCCCCCCUGAUAUCAUGGCUUUACCGGGCAAGAGGAACCGUUUUGCGGCAUGGGCGGACGACGAGUCUUGA